AUGUCGGCGCUCAACCGUAGUGUUCGCAGUGUAGCAAACAAAAACCUACGAGUGCCUUUCCCCGCUGGUCUUCAAUCGCGAGCGCUUCGGCCUGUUGCCCCUCUCACCACCACAUCCCGAGCUUCACCACGCACAACACAAAUAGCAGCUUUCAAGCAGUUCUCCACCAUGUCACCACUGCAGUCUGGGGCUCCUCCGCCACCUCAAGCGCGGGAAUAUGACUCUGAGAUUAAGGAUAUUGCGAGCUAUGUGCACAAUACGCCUUUUGAUACGGCACGCUUUGUAUUCCUCGAUACUCUUGGCUGCGGCCUUGAAGGUCUCCGGUUCAAGGAAUGCACGAAACUCUUGGGACCAAUUGUCGAGGGAACCGUCGUCCCCAACGGCUCGAAAGUUCCUGGCACACCCUUCCAGCUUGAUCCCGUGAAUGGCGCUUUUAACAUCGGUGCUAUGGUCAGAUGGCUCGAUUAUAAUGACUGCUGGCUGGCCGCAGAAUGGGGUCACCCCUCAGACAACCUUGGUGCCAUCUUAGCUGUGGCGGAUUGGGUCUCCCGGACAAACCGUGCCGGGGGCAACCUCGGAAACGGGAAGAUUGUCACAGUCAAGGAUGUGCUAGAGGCUAUGAUUAAGGCACACGAGAUCCAAGGCUGCCUGGCACUCUUAAACUCCUUUAACAAGGUCGGUUUGGAUCAUGUUGUGCUAGUCAAGGUUGCCAGCGCCGCUGUCGUCUCGAAGAUGCUUGGGCUUUCUGAGAAGCAAACUGCAGAUGCCGUCUCACAAGCUUGGGUUGAUGGCCAGAGCUUAAGAACUUAUAGACAUUCUCCCAACACCAUGUCGAGAAAGUCGUGGGCUGCUGGUGAUGCUUGCCAACGCGCCGUGAACCUUGUUUUGAAGGUCAUGAAGGGCGAGCCUGGCGUUCCCACUGUGCUCUCUGCACCUGUUUGGGGGUUCUAUGACGUUUUAUUCAAGGGAAAGAAGUUCGAAUUCCAGAGACCUUACGGUAGCUAUGUGAUGGAGAAUGUCCUGUUCAAGGUUUCGUACCCAGCCGAAUUCCAUUCCCAAACCGCCAUUGAGGCCGCAAAGCGGAUCCGUAGCAAACUUGUCGAAAUGGGCAAGUCUGCGGAAGAUAUCAAGGGAGUCACAUGCCGCACCCACGAAGCCUGCAUCCGUAUCAUCGACAAACAGUUCAAGCCCAUGGACAACUUCGCCGACCGUGACCACUGCAUCCAAUACAUGACCGCCGUCAUGUUGGUAUUUGGCCGUCUUGAAGCAACCGAUUACACUGACGGAGGAGAGGCUGCCACCUCCCCGCUUGUCGAAUCCCUCCGCCAAAAGAUAGCAUGUGUAGAGGAUCCACAAUUCACGCUCGAUUAUCACAAUGAGAAUCUGCGCACGAUUCCCAACGCGUUGACUGUUACGCUCAAUGAUGGUACAGUUUUGGAAGAAGUUGUUGUCGAUGCCCCACUCGGUCACAAGCUGAGACGUGAGGAAGCGAAGCCCGAGAUUCUCGCUAAAUAUAAGAGGCAUCUUGGACCUCAUUAUAGCGAGGCUAAGGUCAAGGAGUUGGUUGAUCUUGGAAAUGACCCGAAGAGGCUGGGAGAUAUGGCCAUUGAUGAGUAUGUCGACUUGUAUGUUAGCAAGGAUAUUAGGAUGGUCACCGAGAGAGGCAUUGGGAAGUCACCCUAA